AUGUUCUCGCCGUCACGAUCGACCAUACGGGAGGCCAACGAUCAUCUACAGGCGCUGUACACAAAGGUCAACGAACUUGAACACACCAUAAAAGAACAAGCCGAGUCGAUGAUCAACAAAGAUGUACAGAUGCAAAAUAAACUGAAGGAAGUCGCGAGUGGGAAGAACAAGGAGAUCAACGAGCUCCGGAGAACACUGGAGUCGUCCGAAGCUCACAUGCAACGGAUGUUGGCGACGAACCGCGAAAAAGACGCGUUGAUCGCCCAUCUGCAACAGCGGUGCCAAGUACUGGACGAGCUGUGCCUCAGUAAACCAAUACUGGAAAAACUGGUUGCUGCCAUGACCAAGGCGGAAAGUCUGAAAUCCGACGAUGGCGAAGUUGACCCCAGUGAAGAUGGUGGUCUGAGUUAG